CCUACUUUACUCACAUGAGAUGAGUACACGUCAUGUCAACAACCAGAGACAUAUACAUCAUACAUCAUACAUGUCUCUGCAACAACAGAAUAAUUUCUGCUCUAUUUUUACCAUCAGAAAAUCAUGGUGAAAAGUUAUUUUUGACCAGUACAAUUAGUCUGAAUUUCUUAGUGCUGAAAAACCAGACUGGAAUUUCAUUGACACAACAUAUCAAUAGAAAAUAAAUCAAAUUAGAUGUAUACAUUGCUGUCAGGUUAUUGGAAAUAUUUUUUCCAGAAAGAGGAGUACAAUGUCUUAAUUCUUGGUUUAGAUAAUGCAGGAAAAUCAACAUACUUAGAACAGUCCAAAACAAAGUUCAACUCCAAGUAUCAAGGAAUGAAUUUGUCAAAAAUAACGGCAACAGUUGGACUGAACAUUGGAAAGAUAGACAUUGGAAGAGUACGGCUUAAUUUCUGGGAUCUUGGUGGACAAGAAGAGUUACAGUCAUUAUGGGAUAAAUAUUAUGCAGAAUCUCAUGCAGUAAUAUACAUCAUAGAUUCUUCAGACACAGACAGAAUAGAUGAAUCAAAAGAAGCUUUUGAUAAAAUGAUAGUAAAUGAUAUGUUAAAAGGUGUACCAUUACUUAUUCUUGCCAAUAAACAAGAUCUAGAGGGUUGUAUGAAAGCUUCAGAAGUGAAAAAGGUGUUCAACAGUAGUGCACAACUCAUUGGAGACAGAGAAUGUAAAUUUCUUGGUACAUCUGCACUCAAAGGAGAUGGUGUUCAUGAAGGGAUAGAAUGGAUUAAAGAAGGAAUUAAAAGAAACAAUAUAGAUAGACCUCCUAUGGAGAAAGAAAUUACUUAAAAUGCUCAUAUUAUUAUAUAAUGUAAAAAUAAAUGUUUAUAAUUAUACAUUGAUGAGUCAACCUAACAUCUAUUCUUCCAAUAAACAUUAGUAUGAAACCACCUAAUUGUAUUUAUGCUAGAUUAUAUCAAUUAUUGGUAGGUACUUAUCUUUUAAAAAGUAUACUUUACCAGGAUUUUAACAACUAAAACAAAACAUAUGUUAGAUGUAAAAUUCUGAAUUAUAAAAACAAAUGUAUCAUGUCUAGACACAAUGUUUGAAACUUUGAAGCAAAAAUACAACUAUAAAGAAAACAUUAUUGAGGAAAAGAAGAUAAAUAUAUUUAAAGGCUAAUAACAUUUUUAUGUUUUUGAAAAGAGGACCAAAAAGAGUAAAAAUGGAGUAAUUAAAUUAUUUCAAUUUUAACAAUAUUUUUUUCUCUGACUUGCGACAAAUGUUGUUUAGAAAAAUAUGGGUGUUUGCAUUCCUGCAUUUUAUUCAUCAACAUCUAAUUUUUAUGAUAAGGAAAAAUUCUGAACAAAUCCUCACAUUACAUCAUUCAUAGUUGGUACCCAGUUGUAUUAUUAUCCAUGCAUCUCAAUAUCCUGCACUAUAUUAGGCCCCAACUCCUCAGUCAUGCUAAAUGGUGUGUUUGUGAAAAAGUAUGUAUGUUGAACAUGUGAUAUUUUGUAUAUUGUUGGUUUGACAUUCCUUCAUAUCAGUUACAAACAGAAUACAUGGCUCAAACUCCUACUCUUACUUCAAUGACUGAAUCUCAAUAUUGUUGAAGAGUUAAAUUUUUUGAUUGGGUGAUUUGAUAUAAGGAAUUUCUGUUGCUAGAUCUUUUAUAUUUAGUAUGCUGUUGCCCUAACAUUCCAUAUUUUCUAGCAGGUAUUCAAGACUACAACUCUUAUUUAUGCUUCAGCGGAAGAUUUGUAUUGUUCAUUUAUUAAUGUUUUUUGUAUUCUGUGGCAUUAGCAUUCAUCCAUAAUAAUUAGAAUUACGGAUAUUCUUCAAAAUGAUAUCCCAAUAUCCAUACAGUAAUGUGGUAAUUUCUUAAAUUCUCUUCAUGAUUUUGAUGCAAAACAGUAGUAACUUACUUACUAAGUGUUUAAAGUUGUAUUUCUUUGGAUUCCAUUUGAAAAAUCAGAUUUAAGGUAACUCUUUUCAAGCUUUAAGGAACCAAUGUCCAACACACUAUAUGUAUUACCUUUUUUUCUGUUAAUUUUCAUGACUACCGUUGCCUGUAUUUCUCAGUCAGAUUGAAAUGUGACUUAUAUUGUAUUUAAUGGAUAUUGAUUUUAAGGUAAAAACUGUGUAAAUUAAUUAUGAUUUUAUUGUAAUAUCACUGCCUAAUUUAUAAAGUAAUGAUGUUUUACUGAUAUAAGGAUACAUCAACUCAAUAUGUAAGCCUUUAAAAUUAUAUUCAACAAAAUAUGCACUUUAAAUUAUAAGCAAGACUCUGAUGACCAUUUGAUGACAUGAAUUUACCAAAAAUGUGAGAGUAUUUUUGUCAAACCUCAAAAAUAAUGUAUAGUCAACUGCUUCAUAUUGAUAUUCUUAAUUUCUUUGUGAAAUAUUUAAGUAUUGCGGUUUUAUAACCAUGAUGAAUCUGUAAAAUAUUAUGCUAUUUAUCAGAGAUAUUUGUUUAUUUUCAGAAUAAGUUGAUUGUAUAUAUAUCAGGGUUAUGAGACAGAUGUAUGUAUAUUUCAUUGUGAACAUACUGGUGCAAUAAAUUAUUCUUUUUUA